ACACAGCGCUAUGAUUAGGUCCCGCUGCUGCUGCGAACUAGGAGCUCCUUCCGUUAAAGUGUUAUCCUCUUUCUGAAGUCUGAACACAUUGCCCAUCCUUCCUGAAGAGCUAGCAGCGCCUUCGUUCAUAUAAACCGUGCCCCCUGCAUACAUAUCAGCCUGCUGUUGAUUUGGCCUGGCCAGUCAGGGGCGCCGGCCAGACAGAGCCGCUCUUCUUCUCUAUCCUACCCCUCUCCGCUCCGCCAGAGGCUGCUUGACCCGCUAGCUUCCGCGCGUGCUUGUAUGGGUUCUUGGGUGCGCACCAUCACGACGCCGUUCCGGAAAGCCUGCAACGUCUUCGUCCCGCAGAAGGACGGCAGCAAGAAGCUGCAGGAGCCAAACUCAUCAUCAGCAAUGGUGGAGCACGUCGACGCCGAGAGGGCCAAGCUCCACGGGGAGGUGAUGGCGUGCGCCUACGAGGACGUGCAGGUGAUGUGGUCCAUGCUCGACCAGGCCAGGAUCCGGGACCUCAGUGGCAGCUCGUGACCUCGCGCCACCAAUCGUCCUUUCAGGCAUUAUUCCUAGGGAGCCGCAUGGAUGGACACGGAGUACAUAGCAAAAUAUCUUCCCCUCACCCAAAAAAAAAACAUUCCGGGCCCACAUGCUUUCUUGGAGCUUGAAGGUGAUCGAUCAUCCGAGCUACUUAUCUGGAGUAGCUAUUUGCGGUUUCCGCAGAUCUCAUCAGUCAAGCCCUGAAACUAAGAGUCCAUUUUGUACGUACCUAGAUUUAGCCUUGCUUUAAUUUGGGAGGUUGCAGAUGAACAGGUUGAGUUUGAAUCCCCACAGGCACUCUGCUCUUUAAAGGUGCUUGGUUGGAGAGAUGUACGUCACCACCCAUUGGGAUCCUGAACGUUGCAUUCCUCUUUCUCUA